UUACUUGCUGCGGCGUCAUCCCCUGAUCGCCGAUCAGUCUCGCGUUCUUCCCUCUUCAAUGAAAACGAGUAGGGAUGUCUUAUGAAUCCAUGUCCAACAAGUUAAGCAUAGCAGUGAACCACAAAAGCAACGGAAUUUUUCUUUCAAGUCACUGGAGAAAGAAUGGCAGUAAAAAAACUGGGGAUUUUUUCCUCUGCUAUUGUGCAGUCAUAUAUAUUUUUGUUUUCAGUGAUCGUUCGUAAAUCAAACUAUAUAUCCAUGUAUCUAAAUCUAUCUGGGAAACGACGAAUCGUGUACACCCUUGCAGUGAGCCGAUGCAGUUUGCUUGUGCACCGGAUUCGAAAUUAAGUUGUGUUCGAACCCCUCAUUCAUUGAUUCUUCAUUUUAGAAUUCCUAGGAAUGAAACGCGAAUCUACCAAAAACACCCAAUUGUUCAUCGAAGACCAUAGUACGUAGAACUGAAAAUUUCCCACCAGCGCAUACCCGGCCUAGCCAGAUGAAGAAGAUGAACACAGUGCUGGAACUGCCGACCCGAGUUGGUUUUGGGGGGAGAGUCUAAGAUCACACUUAAUUAACGGCUGAUAUUCACCUUGGGUGGCAUGCAGCGACGUCGUUUUGACUCUAAUCCCUGACAGGGCUCAUCCUUCACUGUAGACGAAUGGACGGACAGAUUAAUGGGGCAGAUGAAUCGGACGGGCCGAUUAAUGGGGGAGUGCACAGCGAUGUGCCCGUGAUCCAGACUCCGUCUCCUCCUCUUGCCCCGGCGGUCGCGUUUUGGCGGGAAAGUGAAGGAAACCCUAGUCCUCGGUCUCGACUCUCCAGUUUAUGGUUUUUCUGUUCAUCUCACAAAUUGCUCUCUUUUGACGAACUUUUCCAUGACAUUUGGAGCUGGAAUGUGGUUCAAGCUCCAAGUCGAUGCUCCACAAUUUGGAUAAUGUCCGUGAAUUCAUCAACUCAACUUGGAGAGUUUGUUCUCUGGUAGGCGGUUGGGUUUCUAGCUUAAUAUCACAACCCCACAGAGACGUGGAAAGAGAAGGUUAUCUAGACUUCAUGGCUCAACUGGACUCUAUAUAUAUUAGUUCAUCAGAUGAUGACCUGGAGUUGGAGGAGACAGAAACCUCUAAUUAUAGGAACCUCCCAGGAUGGGCUGCUAGAGGAAGUAAUGCUGUUUCUGCAGACUCUGGUGGAGGGCUUAAGCAGGAUGGUUCUUCUAAAUGGGAAAAUACUUCGAAUGCAAGCUCUUCAAGAGCUUAUAAUCACUCACAAGUCAAGCACAGUGCUAAACCUUGGUCUAGCAACAAUGCACUGAAUCACAGAGUAACACAAAGAGAUGAAUUUUUCAAUUUUUCAGAGAAUGGAAAAACAAAUCAGCAUGAGACAGUCAGUUCACGAAUGGCUAACACUGGUGCUGAUUAUGGGAAAAUGCCAUCUGAACAAGCAUCAAAGAGGAUCCUUCCAUCAUAUCUCCAGCCAUCUACUGAAAGGCCUCUUCCACCUUCUCUCAAGUCAUUUUCACCAGAUACUAGGUUGAACGGUUUAAAAGAUAACAUGAGCAGGAGCCAGAUUCAUGAUACCCCUGGGAACCACUAUAAUGGUGCAAUUAGGAUUCUUCCUCCAACUUUGAUGCACGGAAAAAACCUCCCUAUUAUGCAUUUACCUAGUUCGAGUGAAUCUAAAAAUCAUUCUGGAGCAGGUGAAGAAAGGGCUUCUGAAACUGAUGAAAGGCUAAUUUAUCAGGCAGCAUUGGAGGACCUCAAUCAGCCAAAGGUUGAAGCUACUUUACCUGAUGGUUUAUUGUCUGUAUCACUUAUGAGACAUCAGAAAAUUGCAUUGGCUUGGAUGCUUCAGAAGGAAAACAGAAGUUUGCAUUGCUUGGGAGGAAUUCUGGCUGAUGAUCAGGGCCUUGGAAAGACAAUUUCGACGAUUGCCCUCAUACAAAUGCAGAGAUCCUUGCAGUCAAAAUCAAAAACAGAUGAGACGUGCAAGCAUAAAGCUGAGGCACUAAAUUUGGAUGAGGACGAUGACAAUGACAGGGGCAAUGAUACUGUAGAACGAUCUAAAAAGAACAAAGAAGCUGAUGAUAUAAAACCUUCUAAACCGGUUAGUUUGUCUUCAACACAGGUGCUAAGUAGUAAAAGACCAGCUGCUGGUACACUGGUUGUCUGCCCUGCUAGUGUUCUCCGACAGUGGGCGAGGGAACUGGAAGACAAAGUUGGCGAUGAAGCUAAGCUCUCUGUGUUGGUUUAUCAUGGGGGUAAUAGGACAAAGGAUCCUGUUGAACUUGCUAAUUAUGAUGUUGUUCUCACAACAUAUUCUAUUGUGACUACUGAAGUUCCAAAGCAACCUUUAGUGGAAGAGGAUGAAAUUGAUGAAAGAUAUGAGGAAAAAUUUGGGUUAUCCUUUGAGUCCUCUUAUGGUAAAAAGAGGAAAAAGACUUAUGAUGGGUGUAAAAAGAGUAAAAAGGGUAAAAAGGGUAUUGACAGUUCUUUUGAUUGUGCUUCUGGCCCUCUUGCACAAGUGGGUUGGUUUAGGGUUAUUCUAGAUGAAGCUCAAACGAUAAAGAAUCAUAGAACUCAGGUGGCUAGAGCUUGCUGCAGCCUUCGAGCCAAAAGAAGGUGGUGUUUAUCUGGUACUCCAAUUCAAAAUACUAUAGACGAAUUGUAUAGCUACUUCAGAUUUCUGAAGUACGAUCCCUAUGCUGAAUACAAGUCUUUCUACAACACAAUAAAGGUACCAAUAUCCAAGAAUUCUAUCCAGGGUUACAAGAAGCUUCAAGCGGUUCUGAGGGCUAUAAUGCUACGUCGUACAAAAGGAACAUUGAUUGAUGGGGAGCCUAUAGUUAAUUUGCCAACUAAAACAAUUCAGCUGAAUAAGGUGGAUUUCUCCAUCGAGGAGCGGGCCUUCUACACCAAGCUGGAAGCAGAUUCACGAACUCAAUUUAAGGCAUAUGCUGCUGCUGGUACAGUGAAUCAAAACUAUGCAAAUAUUCUACUAAUGCUCUUGCGCCUCCGUCAAGCUUGUGACCACCCAUAUCUUGUUAAAGAUCAUUGUGCUGAUGUUGUUGGGGGAAAUUCAGUUGAAAUGGCGAAAAUGCUUCCAAGGGAGAUGCUGAUUAAUCUUUUUAAUUGCUUGGAAACAUCCUUUGCCAUAUGUGGCGUUUGCAGUGAUCCACCUGAAAAUCCAGUUGUUACUAUGUGUGGCCAUGUUUUCUGUUAUCAGUGUGUGUCAGAAUUUUUGACUGGCUAUGAGAAUAUCUGCCCUGCCGUUGAUUGCAAUGAAAAAAUUGGUGAUGAUGUUGUUUUCUCCAAAUCUACUCUAAGAAGUGGCAUCUCUGGUGGCCUUGGUGAUGCUAGUUCUGCAAGUUAUCAUCACGUUGAUUAUUCAGUAGCACAGCAGAGAAAUUACUGUUCAUCUAAAAUCAAAGCAGUCCUUGAUAUUCUGCAGUUAUAUUGUAAAGUGAAGAGUCCUGGUUCUGACAGACUGAGUUCCUCAGGGUGCAGCAGAAAUUCAUCUUCUGAAACUUCAGAUGAUGAAGAUUUCUGUUCAGAUGUUCGUCCUACAAAAUACACAAGAAGAUAUUCAGAGUGCUCAACUGAAGGAUCAAUAAAGGCUAUUGUUUUUUCCCAGUGGACUAGCAUGUUGGACUUAGUUGAACAUGCACUGGAAGAGUUCUCCAUCCCGUACAGGAGACUAGAUGGCUCCAUGACGUUGGCUGCAAGGGAUAAAGCUGUUAAGGAGUUUAGUACUGAUCCUGAGGUGACCGUCAUGCUAAUGUCAUUAAAAGCAGGAAACCUUGGUUUAAACAUGGCUGCUGCAUGCCAUGUUAUUCUUUUGGAUCUUUGGUGGAAUCCAACAACUGAAGAUCAAGCUGUUGAUCGUGCUCAUAGAAUUGGACAGAUCCGUCCUGUUACUGUGACACGGCUUACCAUAAAAGAUACUGUUGAGGAUAGAAUAUUGGCUCUCCAGGAAGAAAAGAGAAAAAUGGUUGCAUCUGCUUUUGGUGAAGAUCCAGGCGGGGGUUCUGCAGCUCGCCUUACAGUGGACGAUCUAAAAUAUCUUUUCAUGGUCUAAAGCACUCCCGCCAAGGUUUUUAUUUUGGAUGGUCCUGUAUUGAGUCAAAGACGGAUCUUUUGACUGGUUGUUAAAUUCAAUUGGCAACUCCCAUAUGCGGCUGCAUUUUUUUGUGACUGCUGACUUUUGCUCAUGCUGGCCUGUGGGGUUGCGUUUAUCCUGGUUGUCGCCCCUUGCCAAUUGUUUUUAAGCGCCCAGGGCCAACUUUUGUAUUUGUUACUGUAUAACUGUAACACGUAUGCAGCGUAAGGCUGCCUGUAAAUAUUCUAAUUGAUUAAUAUUAUCGUCAUUCGUUGGUGAA